AUGUUUGACGCUAUGGGUGCUGCUGGAUCAGCAGAUGACAUUAAUGCUAUGGAAAUUCACCACUGGUACACAAAAUUUAUGAAGGAGUGCCCAUCUGGACAACUUUGUCUGCAUGAAUUUAAACAUGUCCUGGAUCUACAUGGACUUACUCCUGAAGCUAACAGCUAUGUUGAACAAGUAUUUCACACAUUUGAUAUGAAUAAGGAUGGAUUUAUAGACUUCUUGGAGUUCAUAGCUGCAAUAAAUUUGGUUAUACGAGGGAAGAUUGACCAAAAAUUGAAAUGGUAUUUUAAGCUAUACGAUGCUGAUGGAAACGGAUGUAUUGACAAAAAAGAACUAUUAAGCAUAUUCACGGCUAUCCAGGCUAUUAACGGCUACACCAGUAUGACUGCUGAGGAGUUCACAAACAUGAUAUUUCAGAAGAUAGAUGUGAACAAUGAUGGGGAACUGACUUUAGAAGAAUUCAUCAGUGGUGUGGAGAGAGAUGAGGACCUAAUGGAAUUGAUUACAAAAAGUUUUGACCUUUCCAACGUACUCAAAGUCAUACAGAAUGGCAGGAGACACAGCAUCUGAAGGAUCCAGUGACAGACACGGCAUCUGUGUCAUCACCUCGAGGAAGAUAACAUUUGUUACAGAGAGCUUGAUCUCGUCAAAGCCUGCCCAGGCAAUAUUGAACAGCUUUCUCCAGGAGUAACAAUUUUCACUCUUGACUUGAUAUCUCUCCUUUUCUUUAUUCUUUUCCUCACUAAUGACUGUGGCAGCCACAGAACACAAACCUUUGCCCAUAUAUAACAGAAGCUAUUUGAUGCAGUACAAAUAACUUAUUUGAUCUCUAUGAACGCUAUUCAGAGUAAUCAGUAAAAUAAUGAAAAAAAUCACAAAAUACAACCUUUCUAAAAGACACGGAAUUACUACACUACUUCUUUUACACACAGGCUCUUUAACCUACUAUCUAAACUGUGGAUAUAAACUUCUAGGUAGGACUGGGUUCCAUCCAGAUCAAUUAAGAACAAAGCCUGGUUUGUAUUAAGUUAACAUUUGCUCUAUCGGUACUCAGCAUUGGAAUAGGUUCUCUGGUAAACACCCGAGUCAGCUCAAUAUCCUUGAGAUGUGCAUCCUCCUUAACAAGCUGUCUAACACUCUUCAUUUUAUUACAUCUGUAAAUUAAAAUAAUGUGAUGGUUUGAUGUUUUUGGCAGGGUUCAGAUACAUUUCUUUCAAAUUAACCUUCUACAAAAGCACUGGAAUUAAUUUUUGUUAUCUUUGCAGAGUAAAAUUAGAUGUUCAAAGAAUAGCUAAAACCACAUCAUUUUGUAAGGACUCUGUUUUCCCAGAGAUUUUUGUCCUUUGACUUAUAUGUACUCCUUUUUGAAAACAUUUCCUUUUCACUGGGGUUUUUGCCACAGCUGCAUGAGACAAAAGGUAAGAGGUGUGGUGACUAGUUCCUGUUGAUGGGACUGUUAGGUUCUGCCAAAAAGACUGUUUAACAGUUGAAAUCUUCUUGUAUUUCCCUGACAGGGAGUACUAAUAUAGGUAUCUUUGCCCUGCUCAGAUACAUGGGUGAAAGCUUUUAACAACUUAGUCUCUUUGAGAUUUCUACCUUCUUUCAAACUGGGUUGUGAUUGUCUCUGAAACUGGUAGCUGAUAGGAGUGCAGGGGAGACAUUCCCAGAUGACAUGAUCACAUAUGCCUCAUUUUCUUAAGAAACCAGCCUAAAAACAACUCAGUAUGGCUUUAUGAAAUAACAUGAUUAAUUCUAUGAACUGAAAUGGACUGCAAGAACCGUCUGCAAAGAGAAAAUUAUAGUUCUCUUGGUUCUGUUGGAAUUGAUUAUCCUUCAAGUCUGCAACAAGUUUUAUGAAAUUACUGCAUUAUAUCAGAAGAAUAAGUUCUACUUGGCUGACAGUGCCCUGCAGGCAUCACACUCAUAUUAGUUAUGGCUAGAAGCAUCAGCUUUAUGUAAAAUAAUUUGUGCAUGGAUCCAUACAGGUUGAAUGAAACAAUAAAAUGUUUUUCUUCCAAAUUCAGUUCAAAUCCAUGUCCAUUUGCACAUGAAAUGUGCUACAUCAUCUGUACUUAUUUUCCCAGGUUCUGGUUUGAUCAAUGGAAUAUACUAAGAGUAUGCAACAUGCAUCACUUGACAUUAUAAACAGUUCUGACAUUACAGUUCUGACAUUUGAAUCUUUUAUACCUUUCCAAAAAAAAAAAAGAAUGAUGUACAAGAUUGCUGGUGGUUUGAAUUUUAAGUUCUUGUACGUAUUCAUUAUUGACACAUUAAUAUGUCAUUGUCAGUAUCAGUUUUCUCACACCCAGACUUCAAAAACUCCCAUUUCUUAAUCUAAUACUUUUGGAUUUAGAUCCUAUGAAGGUGGUGUCCUUCAGAAUUUACUUGAAAAUAUUUAAAAUAAAAUAGUCCAGUCUAAGCAAUUUAGGUAUAGGGAAACAGCUGUGUUUUGGAUUUUUGCUUUUAAAUGAAUAAAACUACACUUUGGAAUCUGACUACUAUGAACACAGACUUUUUUUAUAAAGGGAUUUUAA